GCUCGUGGUGACGUCGUCAGAGAGCGACGGCGCCGUGCGUGUCGCGUAGCAGCGGGGACGCAGCGGCGGAGUAAUGGCGGAGGCGGCGGAGCAGCCCCAGGAUGAGGCCCCGGUUGAGGCCGGCGCCGAGGAGGCCGUGAAGAUCAUCUGCCUGGGGGACAGCGCCGUGGGCAAGUCCAAGCUGCUCGAGAGGUUCCUGCUAGACGGGUUCCGCCCCCAGCAGCUCUCCACCUUCGCCUUGACGUUGUACCGACACCGAGCGCGGGUGGACGGGAAGGCGGUGCUCGUGGAUUUCUGGGACACAGCUGGACAAGAGCGGUUCCAGAGCAUGCAUGCCUCCUAUUACCACAAAGCUCACGCUUGUAUCAUGGUGUUUGAUGUGCAGCGCAAAGUCACCUACAAGAACCUGAACAACUGGUACAAGGAGCUGAGAGAAUUUCGCCCGGAGAUCCCUUGCAUUGUGGUGGCCAAUAAAAUUGAUGCGGAUAUGAAGAUGACCCAGAAAAGCUUUAAUUUCGCCCGGAAGUUCAGUUUGCCCUUUUACUUUGUGUCUGCUGCAGAUGGCACCAAUGUAGUGAAGCUCUUCAAUGAUGCUAUCAAGCUGGCAGUUACUUACAAACAGAAUUCAGGAGAUUUCAUGGAUGAGGUCAUGCAAGAACUGGAGAGCUUUGACCUGGAGAAGAAGAGUGAGAAUUUGUCAGAUCAAGAGGAGAGCUUCCCUGAAGAAAAGCCCCCAUCCUCCUAAGGACCGCACUUGGAGUCCAUCUUUUCUCUCUGCUCCAGUUGUCAGGGGCUAUUCAGAGUUCACCUCCACAGAGGAAAGCGAUUUUUCUUGUGCCCUGAGAUCUCUGGUGAUGGGGAGACUGGGCACGAUCUCCCUUGGCUGGGCCCUGACUCCCUGUGCAUCACAGUUGAGGCAGCAGUGGGAGUAUCCGUGUGUUUCUUCAAGACAGAGCUUGCUGGGAGAGCUGAGCCAUUCCUGUACCUGCAGGGAAGGGUCCUGCCCAGAGACUUUAGUGGUACCUACUGCAGAAAAUAGUUACU